AUGUUAAAGUGCAGCUGCUGCGGUUGAUCUGACUGCAGCAGUCAGUCACACCUCCACAUUCAACAAACGGAUGCCUUCAACUUUUCUCAACUUUUGUCAUUUCCUUUCUGUACCUACAAGACCAGCAGCAAUAUUUGGCCUGUGUGUCGAACUACUUCUUGGCAAGCGGAGUGUAUGGCAUUGAUUAUUGAUUUUUAAAUCAAACGGUUCUGUAAAGGCGGAAAAGUCAGAAGACUGACAUGAAGAUCCGUGUCUUUAAGGCGGCGAUGUUGGACCUGUCCAGACAGAAUGACGGCCUGCAGAGUCAUAAGUGAGCAGGACCAAAAUUUACUGUUGCAGAGAACAAGAGGAAAUGAGGCCAACCUGAAGAACUAUUAGCAUGCACAGAGCUCAAUGAGUGGUGCAAGUGCACAUGUUGCUGGAUGUCAGAUAAACGUUGGUUAUGUCUGUUUCACACACACGAGGGGAAAGAUGAGUGCAGCUGUGCUUUUCCUGCAGUUCUCUUAAAAGGCUUCGGGUUCCAGAUCAGCUACACUCUCAUCACACCACCAUCACAGACGGCCAGAUUCUUAGACUGCAGUCGAACCUGAAGGACGCAAACGUUUAGAAGACAGACAUUUUCAGAGGAAACCAUGAACGCCGUGGCGGAGAUGUCAGUGAAGUGCGUCCUUGUUGGGGACAGUGCCGUGGGCAAGACGGCCCUGCUUGUCCGCUUUACUUCAGAGACCUUCCCAGACACCUACAAACCCACAGUGUUUGAUAACACCGGGGUGGAGGUGUAUAUGGACGGGGUACAAAUCAGCCUGGGCCUGUGGGACACGGCAGGCAACGACAACUUCAGACUGAUCCGACCAAGGUCCUACCAGCAGGCCGACGUGGUUCUCAUCUGUUACUCGGUGGCUAACCCGAACUCUCUGGCCAGCAUCCGACACAAGUGGAUUUGCGAGGUUCGAGAGCACUUGCCCAAGGUGCCAGUGCUGGUUGUGGCAACCCAGACAGAUCUCCGGGAGAUGGGCGCGCAUCGGGCUGGCUGUAUUACAGCGACAGAGGGGAAGCAAGUGGCUCAUGAAAUCCACGCUAAGGGCUAUCUGGAGUGCUCGUCCUUAGGUAACCGCGGGGUUCAGCAGGUCUUUGAGUAUGCAGUGCGGAUGGCUGUAAACCAGGCCAAGAAGCAGGCCCGGCGACGCAUGUUCAGCGUAAACCAAUGCAAGGUUUUCUGACCUUUGACCUGAACCUGGUGGGCACUGGAGAACUAUUAUCUACA